AUUUGCAGGAUAAUAUGUUAUUAUCGUGGAUAAGAUUAGCAUCUAAACGGACCGGUCUACGACCAUUUCAUAAACGUAUUUUUACCAGCAGUGUACUGGAUAAAUUGUACAGCACCACGGUUGUAGCAUUAAUUGGUGGAGCGUUGUGUAUGACAUCGGUAGCCCUAGUUAACGUUGUAAUGUACUACAAAGUGGUAAAACCGGUACGUGAAGCAGAUCGUGAACGAUUAGAGAAAGACUUAAUCGAGGCUGAUGAGGCGGGUUUUUCAUUGAAACUCUGAAGAAUAAGUAAGUUAUCUAGCGUUUUCAAUUUAUUAUAGUAGGAUCAUUUUAUCUAAUUUCGUUUAUUUGCAAAGUCUUUAUCUGUUAUUUUUUUUUGGACGGUUUUGUAGGGUUAGAAUUUUCAAUUAUGUAAUUAUUGGUCCUUAUUUUU